AAAAAAUAAUUAAAUAAUAUCGAAAAAGCACACUAAAUAAUCUCUAAAGUAUUCAAAUUUUCAUAAAAUAGGAUUGAUAGGAUUAAUUAGCAUGUCACUAUAUUUAUAUAGAACUUAAGAGACCGUAGUUAUUCAAGAAAACCAAUAAAUUUAUCAAUUUAUGAUUAUUAAGUAAUUAAUGAUUAUAGUUAUUUUGCUCUUAAGAAUUAGAAUAAUAAACUAGAUCAGCUUUUCGAUAAAUUCGUGUAUUUUUUUAAAUUAUUUAAAGUAAAAAUUAUACUACCAACAGAUCUAUUUUUGAUUUUUUGGAAUAUAUUCUAGUUUAUAAUUUCUUAUCUUUUUUUCAUUUAUUGUUCUUUAAUGUUUUUUUUUGGAUAAAAUACAUAAGAUUAGAUUCAUUUUAGAGUCAUUUUUUGGAUUAUUUUAGUGGUUUUUAUACUUGAUUUGUGUAUUAGCUUCAAUACGGCGUUUUUCCAUAAAGAUUUGGUGAUACAUUAACGAAAAUAAAUAGCUAAAAAAUACUUGGAGUCGUAUUUUUUGUUUGAUUUUAUGAGUAUUUUUGCUAUUUUUUUUAAGCUUUUUGUAUAUAAUUAAUUAAGUUAUAAUCCAGAUCAUGAUUUUAUAAUUUAUUUGUAUAAUUUUUUAGUUUUUUCAAGAGUAUUUACUAUAUAAAAUAAAAGAAAAUAAAUACAAGAAUUGAUUACUUUAAAAGAUAAUUAAAAGCAUAUACUUAAACUUUUUGAUUUAUUAGGAUUUAUUAUUAUUACAGCACAUUUUGUUUGUAUAGAAUGGAAUUUAUUAGCUGUAUAUUAAGAAAUAAAUGGAUUUGAAAUAUAUUGGGUAUAAAAAGCUCAUAUAUAAGAUUCUCCAUGGACAACCCGUUAUGUUUAAUCAUUUUAUUGGUCAGUAACUACAAUGAGUACAGUUGGUUAUGGAGAUAUAACACCUACUAAUACUUAUGAAUAGAUUUUCGCUUCUUUAAAUAUGAUUAUGUUUUCUUGUGUUUUUGCUUAUUCAGUUAAUAAUAUAGGUAUGAUUUUAUAAGAAAUAGAGAAGAAUUCUAAAGAACUGAAUAAUAAUUUGAGUACUAUAUAGAAAUUUUUGAAUAGAAAACAAGUAAAUUUUCAAUUGAAAAGUAGAGUUAUUCAUUACUUAAAUUUCCUUGCAGAAGAACAAAAAGAUAGAGAUAAAUAAGCUGAAGACUUAGUUUUUAAUAAAUUAUCAAAUAAACUACGAGAUGAAAUUAUUACUGAAAUAAAUACGAAGAUUUUAGUGAAUUUUUAAAUCUUUACAAAAAACUUUUCAAUUUCUACUCUAAAUAAGCUAGUUUUUCGUAUGAAAGAAGUAAUUAUUUUACCAAACGAAAUAAUUUUCAAAGAAGAAGAAAUCGAUGAUCAGUCUAUUUAUUUUAUUGAAGAUGGAAUUAUAGAAAUUUUCCAUUAAAAUUUGAGGAGUUAAGGAGAUUUAAAUGUAAUAAAAAAGUUAGGAAAAAAUAGUCUUUUUGGAGAAAUUUCAUUUUUUUCAGGUUUAUAAAGAAAAGCCUCAGCAAGAAGUGUAAAUUUAUCGACUUUAUAUAAAAUAAAAAGACAGGAUUUUUUAGAAAUAAUAAUUAAAAAUUCAGAGGAUUAUGAAAAAUAUAAAAUGAUUCAAGAAUAAAUUAUUUUUUUGAAAGAUUUUUCAUAAAUUAACCUAGUCUGUUAUUCUUGUGGAGCAGAAGGACAUUUAGGCUAAGAAUGUAGAAAAACACAUUAAUAUUUUGAUAAAUAAUUUAUUAUUUUAAAGAAAAAUUUCUCUAUUUUUUAAAAAAGAUUCACUUAAAUAUAAAGAAGGAAAAAAAUAGAAAUUACUAGCCUUU